UUGUCUUCUCUGCGAGUGCCGAAGCUAACGACAUGGCGUCGAGUAGUGGGGAGCUUGGGAGCUUAUUCGAACAUCAUAUCCAGAAGGCUGUAUGCGACACGCGGGCUAAGUAUCGGGAGGGGCGACGGCCCCGCGCCGUCAAGGUAUAUACAAUCAAUUUAGAAUCUCGGUAUUUAUUAAUACAAGGAGUUCCAGCAGUGGGAGCCAUGAAGGAAUUAGUUGAGCGAUUUGCCUUAUAUGGUACAAUUGAACAGUAUAAUGCUCUAGAUGAAUACCCAGCAGAAGACUUCACAGAAGUUUAUCUUAUUAAAUUUCUGAAUUUACAAAGUGCAAGGACAGCAAAGAGAAAAAUGGAUGAACAGAGUUUCUUUGGUGGAUUGCUUCACGUCUGCUACGCUCCAGAAUUUGAGACAGUUGAAGAAACUAGAAAAAAGUUACAAGAGAGAAAGGCUUAUAUAAUAAGAACUACUAAAAAUAAAGAUGAUUACACGACAAAGAAGAAACUGGUUACAGAGCAUAAAGACACGAGAGAUGUUAGGCAGAACUUCCACUCAGAGACGUCUGGGUUUGGUGCAUCGGCUUGGAACACUUCUACUGGGAACUCAGAUCCUUAUUCUUGUGAAUUGCCUUUAUGUUACUUCUCCUCAAAAUGUAUGUGUUCAUCAGGGGAGCAUGUGGACAGAACAUCAAACUCCUCUCAGGAUGGUAGAAACCAUGAUGAAACAGUGGAGCAUUGUAACUACAAUAACUCUUUGCAGAAAAUACAGAUGAAAACUUUUCAAACAUCAGUGGCCUGUCCAGGUGCACAAAAGAUUAUUACUCCUUCAGAGGCAAUUGACAGAUUUAUGCCUAGGACAACACAGCUGCAAGAGCGGAAGAGAAGAAGAGAAAACGAUUGUAGACUUGGAACUUUUCUUGAAACAAGCACCAGUAGUAAUGAGGUUAUGAUUGGACCAAAAUUACCAGGCAUACCUAAAGUAGACAUGCACGAUGACUCGUUGAAUACAACUGCAGAUUUAAUUCGGGAUAAACUUAAAGAGGUAAUUUCACCUGUGCCAAAGCCUUCAGAAGACACACUGAAAGAUGUGCCUACAAGUCAUCCAUUAAAACAAAGAAGAAGAAUAUAGAAUACCAGCAGCAAAUUAAUACUUUCUAAAGGGAAUACUUUUAUUUUUAAUCUGUCAUUUUAAUUUUUAAAGAGACUUUACUGCUGGUAUUUUUUAAUGCACUCUUAGUAAUUUCAUUCAAGCUGUUUUUCUAAUACAGUAUCAUCUUUUAAAAUUAGUUUGUCAUUCCUUGUUUACAUGUUCUGAUACAUACUUUAAAAUCGUUAUAUAACAUUACAUCUCACGUUACAAUAACUGCAUGUAAAUUAACUGAAUCAUAUACAGGUCUUUACACUAUAAAUAAAGAUAGGCAGCAGGA